AUGGCUCUGCAGGAGCUCGGCAUCAGCCUGACCAUGAUCGGCGUGGCGGGGACCAUCCUGAUCUGCGCCCUGCCCAUGUGGAAGGUGACGGCCUUCAUCGGGACACGCCUGGUGGUCAUGCAGGUGUUCUGGGAGGGUUUGUGGAUGACGUGUGUCAGCGAGUACACGGGUCAGAUGCAGUGCAAGCUCUACGACGCCCUCCUGGAUCUGUCGCCCGACCUGCAGGCGGCGCGUGGCCUCAUCUGCAUCAGCCUGGUGCUAGGAUGUCUGGCUUUCCUCGUUUUCCUGCUGGGGGCCCGCUGCACCAAGUGCCUGAGCCACCCGCGCAUCAAGACCCGGGUGGUGUUGGGGUCGGGGGUCAUCUUCUGCUUGGCGGGCAUCGCCUCCCUGGUGGCGGUAUCCUGGACGGCCAAUGCCAUCAUCAGAGACUUUUACAACCCCCGUGUCCCUGAGGUGCUCAAGAGGGAGCUCGGGGCGGCCGUCUACAUUGGCUUUGUUACAUCUGGUCUGCUCUUCUGUGGGGGGGUCAUUCUGUGUGUGGGCAGGUCACCGCGAAGGCCCACGUCCUAUUCCGGUGGGUACAAGCCCACCAGGACAUCCACACGCAGCGACUAUGCCAUCAAGAACUACGUGUAGAACUUACCCGAACGGCUAAAGUUGGAAUUUCUGUCAAAUUAAUUUGGGGGAGAAAGCAUAAUAUCAAAAUAUUAUGGGAAUAAAAUUAAAAAAGAAAGUUUAAAGAAUUGACCAUUUCAAAAACAGCAGAAAAAAAUGUGUUGCAUAGUGUUGAAAUAUUUAUAUGAUAAUUAUAUUUAGAAUUUAAUAUUAUAUUACAUUUUUAUAUUUUUUAAAGU